AUGUCAGACUUCCCACCGGAGCUACUGUUCGACAUCUUAUCAAGGCUUCCGCCCAAGGAUUUGAUUCGAUUCCUCUGUGUUUCCAAAGCUUGGAAUGCCAUCAUCCACCACCACCACUUCAUCAAGGCUCAUCUUCAACGCUCCAUCCAAACCAAUUCCUUUCGCACCAUUUUAGUCAGGUCAAUUGGCUCCCCCUCAUCAGAUUUUUUUUCAUCGGCUUUCGACGGCAGCGAAACGUUCUGGACACCCGUUAAAAUUGAGCGGCCGUUGAAAUCCCCUGAGAGGUAUCAGAUACUGGGGUGCUCGAUUCAUGGAGUGGUUUGCAUUUGCAAUAGACUCCGUACGAAUGUCGCUUUGUGGAACCCGUCAAUUCAAAAGUUUAAGACGAUUCCCCUCCCAGCCAUUGAGCAGCAGCAGCCAUCAUCAGCUUUACAUAUAUCCCUAGGGUUCGGGUAUGAUUCAGUUAGUGAUGACUUUAAACUUUUGCGAAUUGCGGAGCUUGUUAAUAGUAAAGGAGUCUUUGUGAGUUCUGAAGUUAGUAUUUACAGCCUCAAAUUGAACUCAUGGAAAAGGAUCAAGAACUUGCCUCGCAAUGAUUUUAGUACACUGAAUGUGUAUGACACGGCGCUGGUGUUUUCAAAUGGUGCUGUGUUGGCUAAUGCCUAA